AUGGCGGUUGCCGUCGGAGGAGGAGUGGUGCUGAGCCUGCGCGUCCCGUCGUCUUCGGCGUGGCCGGCGGUGGGGCCUCGGCGUAGGGUGUCGUCGUCAGCGGCGGUGAGGUGCGGGGCGACGCGGGAAAAGAGGCCGGCGGUGUCCCCGGGCGUGGGUCUGGAGGAGGACCACUACCGGACGCUGCGGCUGGCGCCGGGCGCCACCAGGGGCGAGGUCAAGAAGGCCUUCCACCGCCUCGCGCUGCAGUACCACCCGGACGUCGUGCGCCAAGAAAACUGCGUGGACUUCGAGCGGAUCAACGCGGCGUACCAGAGGGUGAUGAGCAACAUGCGGGAGGCGGAGGCGAGGCUCGAGUACUGGCGCCGCCGUUACGGCCUCGCCGACGAGGACCUCGACCGGUACCGCCGCUACCUCAACGAGGAGGACGAGGACGACUGGUUCGCCGACCUCUGA